UUCUAGAAGCUUGUUAUUACUAAAUUAAAUAACGCUAACCCCGUCCUGGUUAUGUGGGGUCCCAUUUCUUCAUUUGUUUGCAAUGACUUGAAUUCCAUGUAUUGCAUUACAUUAUACACUAAUUACAGAUACCAAGUAAGGCAGCAGAGGGGAACAGAAGUAGCGACCGUCCCGCUCAUCUUUCCUAUGAACAAGGACACAGGUGCACCUGCAGUGCCGCGACUGUCUGGCUUGGGGCAGAUCACGGACCAUUUAUACCUUAGCAGUGGCAGAGCAGCCAACAAUAGUGUGCUGAUCUCAAACAGUGGGAUCACCUGUAUUAUCAAUGCCACCCAAGACGUAGUGAACACGCAUUUCCCAGAUAUCGAGUAUGUCAGAGUACCAGUCGCUGACUCACCUCGUUCACUCUUGAAUGAGUAUUUCGACUUGAUAGCAGACAGGAUUGAUGAGGAAGCAACGAAGAGCGGCCGCGCUUUGGUGCAUUGCAAUGCGGGCGUCAGUCGAUCCGCAACGCUGUGCCUGGCGUAUCUGAUGAAAUACCGCAGUAUGACAUUGUUAGAGGCGCACCGUUUUGUGAAGGCUCGCAGGCCCAUCGUCAGACCCAAUAAUGGCUUCUGGAAGCAGCUGAUAGAUUACGAGAAUAGACUUCACGGAACGGCUACGGUCAGAAUGGUAACAUCGCUAAUUGGGGAGAUACCUGAUAUAUAUGAAGAGGGCACCAAAGGGAUGUUUCCAUGCUAAAUGUGUUUUUACCACUCACUAUACAUGAACGAAGCUAGCUUGACCGCCCUAUCAUUUAAUGCAGUUAUUUUAGGUGUAAAAUGCAACCUAAAACGCACAUUCCUUCAUUAUCAAAUGUUAUAUACAAUAGGUUGUAUUUCUGUAUAUUGGCUGUGUUGUCCUUAACUUCGCAUGUGACUACUGUCGAUCUUUAUACUUAUCGUUUAUGGUUAACAGGAACGUGUUUUAAAUAAAAACUACAAUAGAAAUAUAUUUGCUUUGU